AUGACCUGCAGGCAGGCGCCUGGGCACAAGCAAAAUGAAUUAACAGCAGUCAAACCCGCGUUAUUCCGGGAGCCCAGCCCACGGCCAGGGGCGCGCACCCGCCGCGCGUUCCGCCGGGACAGGCAGGUCUCCCGCGCCGGGUUGGGGGCUCUCUCGGUUGCUGGGGACAUCCGGACUGGCCGGCCAGAACAAGGAAAGUUCUCCCCCUGCCCCGGCGGGAGAAGGUGUGACCUAUCAUUGAGUGCAAGCGAGACCCACCACCCCAGCCCCGGACGCCGCGCUCUUUGCUUUUUCGGAAGCCCUCCGACAGGACGCGCACAGCAAUCGGCUUCCAGGAAGGCUCUGAACUUGGGUCCACUCCACGCGUCCGCACUCUCGCCCCGGGCACCCUCGAGCAGCAGAUCUCUCUCCCCACUCCCUUCCACUCAAACCACCCCCGCCCGCAAACGAAAAACCACCCCCUCGCAACCUCAGCAAGCCCGACCGUCCGUGGCAGCCAGAGCCUCAAGCCCCCGAGUCCCGUGCCGCCCGCGGUUACCGGCUCCUGCGAGGUGCGUGAGCGCGGCCGCCGCCUUCAGCUGUCUGGCCGGCCGGGCGCUCCCGGCGCUGCGGUGCGGCGGGGACGCGCGCUCCCGACCUGCGGCGGAGGCGGCGUGGCGCCGUCCCCCCACCCCCACCGAGUUCAAGGGCGCCCCGCCGGAGCAGCCAGCUCUGCCGAACGCUCGUGCCCUGGGUUCGGGGGUGGCACUCACGCACCUUCUGGAUGACAGCCUGUCGCGAGGAAGCGAAAAGGACCCGAGUGCAUUGUUAGCCCUCCCGGGGCUCGGCAGUGCGCCCCCUUGGCCAACUUUAGGUAACCGGAGCCCGCGAGCUGAGCGAGGAGUGAGGCGGUCUAGGAGGGGCUUAGGAAAAGUCCUCAGUACUGGGUUCAGGUUCAGUUACGCUGGGACUGGCCAUCGUGAGCUACUUUAA